AUGGCAGGACGCGGUAAGGGAGCAAAAGGAGCAAAGGGUGUUGCAAAGCGACACAGAAAGCAACCAUCAAGCAGCAGCAAAAUCAGUGGACCAGCAAUCAGGAGACUCGCUCGUAGGGCAGGUGUACCUAGAGUGGGUGCUGGCUGCUUCCCAGAAGUCAAUGAUGCAGCAGUCAACUAUCUCACCACACUCUUGGACAGCUGUAGAAUCUACUGCUCACACAGCAAGAGAAAGACAAUUAACUGUCAGGAUGUUAUAUAUGCCCUGAAGAGAUUAGGAACUAAGUAUAUGGGAUUCUAA